AUGGCUUCCGAAGCAACUGCGCGCAAAUUUUUCACCGCCUCCGCCUUUGCCGUCGUUGGUGCCAGCAGCAACACGGCCAAGUUUGGCCAUAAAGUGUUCGCCUGGUAUCUGGCCUACAACAUGCCGGUCACACCGAUCAAUCCCUCGGCGGGCCAUGUCACCGUGCAGGGCAAAGACUACGCUGCUGUCCCUAACCUCACCGCCCUCCCCAACCCCAGGGAAACGGCUGUGAGCAUCAUCACCCAUCCAGCCGUCACGAUUGAUGUGCUCAAGGAGGCAAAGAAGGUGGGCGUGCCUAGUAUCUGGCUGCAGCCGGGAACUUGGGACGAUGCCGUCCUGGCUUUUGCGAACGAGAAGGGCAACUUCGAGAAUGUCGUCUAUGGUGACGGAGGUCGGGGAGGCGAAGGGUGGUGCGUGCUUGUUGACGGCGAGAGAGUGGCCAAAGCCGCUGGAAAGCUGUAA